AUUGAAUUUUUUUUAUGAAUAGAAAAAAAAAACGACCGAUUACCAUUCCAAGUGCUCUCGUAUAUUAUAUAUUAUAUAUAGAGUGUGUGACAACUGUGACAAUAUCUCUCGCGAAUGUCCAUAGAAUAAGAAAGAACAGAGAAAAACAGAAUGAAAUAUAAAUUGAUUUAAUUGAAUAUUUAGUACGUUUCGUAUAUAAUAAGCGAUUAGGUAGGUUGAAAGAAUAAGAAAAAAAUUGAUACAAAUUCUUUGAUUACUGAUGGGUAGAACAGAUAUGUCAAAAACGCUGAACGCUUAUAGAAUUAAGAAAAUCGAACACAUUGGCAGAAUGACAGCCAUGACACAGGAGGAGAUAGUAGCCGGCGCUCGGACGGUGGCCCAGGGACUGGAGGCUCUUCGCUGUGAACACGGGGGACUCCUGCAGGGGCUCCAGUCUCAGGAGGCACCAGCAGCGAGGGAAAAGGCCAGUCUGAUAUCGAGGAAUAUUGAAAUGAUUGAAUUGGGUCUUGGGGAAGCACAAGUCAUGAUGGCUUUGGCUAGUCACUUACAAAUGGUCGAAGCUGAGAAGCAGAAACUCAGAACGCAAGUUAGACGAUUGUGUCAGGAAAAUGCGUGGCUCAGAGACGAGCUUGCCGGAACUCAACAGAAGCUGCAAGGCAGCGAACAAGCGGUUGCACAACUAGAAGUAGAGAAGAGGCAGCUGAACUUUAUGGCUAGCAUAAGACAGUUUGAUCCUGAUCCACCAACAGAGGAUGAAAAUACAAAGGAUAGGCCCAAAGAUGAUCCAGUUGUUGACCUGUUUCCAGAUGAUGAUAACGAUGAUCGAACCAUGACACCGACUCCACCAUCUCAGUUCGCUCAACAGGUGAAUGCUGGAUACGAAAUACCAGCACGUCUACGUACUCUACAUAAUCUUGUUAUCCAAUAUGCGAGUCAAGGGCGUUACGAAGUCGCAGUACCACUGUGCAAGCAGGCGUUAGAAGACCUUGAAAAAACAUCUGGUCAUGAUCACCCCGAUGUUGCAACAAUGCUAAAUAUUUUAGCUCUAGUUUACAGAGAUCAAAACAAGUUCAAAGAGGCAGCAAAUUUGCUUAAUGAUGCUUUAGCCAUCAGAGAAAAAACUUUGGGUGAAAAUCACCCAGCUGUUGCUGCAACGUUAAAUAACUUGGCUGUUUUAUAUGGUAAACGUGGGAAAUAUAAGGAAGCUGAGCCCUUAUGCAAGCGUGCAUUGGAGAUUCGGGAAAAAGUUCUUGGACGUGAACAUCCAGAUGUUGCAAAGCAGUUAAAUAAUUUGGCGCUUUUGUGUCAAAACCAGGGAAAAUAUGAGGAGGUUGAACGCUACUAUCAACGUGCUUUAGUAAUUUAUGAAUCAAAGUUAGGGCCAGACGAUCCAAACGUUGCAAAGACAAAAAAUAAUCUUGCCUCUUGUUACCUCAAACAAGGAAAAUAUAAGGAGGCGGAAGUUCUCUACAAACAGGUCUUAACGAGAGCUCAUGAACGUGAAUUUGGGGCAAUUGAAGGCGACAACAAACCAAUAUGGCAGGUAGCGGAAGAGCGUGAAGAAAAUAAGCAUAGAAAUAAGGAAAACGCUCCAUACGGUGAAUACGGUGGUUGGCAUAAAGCAGCAAAAGUUGAUUCACCUACAGUAACUACAACACUCAAAAACUUAGGCGCACUUUACCGGCGACAGGGAAAAUACGAGGCGGCUGAAACGCUUGAAGACUGUGCGUUGCGGUCACGAAGAGAGCCGCAUGUACAGCAGGCACUAGACUUAGUGAAGCAAGCGAAAGUAGCACAGAUCCUUGGAGAUGAAAAAGGAUCAACAAGGCGAGGCUCACGAUCGAGUUUGGCAAACAGUGAGCAAGAACAGCAUGACGAGUUUUUUUCGUUGUCCGGCCCGAAUCCACGAUUCGACGACUCGACACUCAAUCACAGACCUCGCUGCCGUUGGUACAAGGGGCGCUGCACGAAGAACAGUCUGGCCAUCAAGAUGCUAGCCCAAACAAACCAGGACUCAAAACCAAACUGUUCAAUGUUCUUGGAAUUCAUUCUUCUACGAUCGCAAACACGCUGUUCGUGCCCAGUAACCAGGAUAUAAAAGAAACAUUCAAACAAAGGCCAAGGACUCACCAAUGUUUUACUGAAAUGUUGCCUGAUGUCCACAAGACCUACAUCAUUUGGUUUCUCAGCACAUUCCAGCUGCUUUUAAAUUGAUACGAGAUUUCAGGCUUAUCUAGGUGGGUUCAUUAAAUACUUAAUCCAGUCCAAACACAGUGAUCACCAAGCAAAUGUAACCACUCCUUGAUAUGCUCAUUUUAGGAAACAAGUGACAACGAUUCGAAAUAAAAAUUUAACUCUAAUGGUAACCCCAAUUUUUUUCAUACUCAUAUUAGUUCAAAUAUGUAAAAAUCUGUUAUGGAUGAGCGCAUAUUAUCAAUUGUACAGUAAGUUAUUAUGUUCUGCAUGGAUUAUAUUUCCCCAAGUUUCACCUUUGCAAGCCUGUGCUCUGUAUCAAAAUGAAUCGUUGCAACGUCAAAAUCUAUUUGCACAGAUAUAGUAACGUAGCGGAAUAACUUUGUGGCGUUAUCACUUUCUAGUUCAUCAUGUAUAUUUAAUUGAAUGAGAUAAAAUGAAUACGUACAUAGAAUGGAAAAAAAAAGAAAAAACAUCCAAGUAAAUACUGACACAUUUCAAGCGAUUUUCGCAGCAUGUAAUGUUGUUAAAUUGACUGGAAAAUGGAAGAAAAAACAGUAACAGAUAACAGACAUAUUAUCGCUUUGAAUGCUAUGUGCAAGUACAUUCCCAAUGAGUGUUUACCGUGAAGAAUGAAGUUGUUAUCUCGACGAUUGAAGAACGCUCUGUGAUGUUAUCGUUUGCUUGGUCUUCUUUUUUUUUUUUUCAAUAUAUGUAGUGCAGAAUUGGUCAAGUUUUUCAUUUGUAUUACUGUGUGUCCUAUAUACAAAUAUGCAAUAUGCUUUAUACACAUUAUUAGCUUGAAUUAAAGGCAUUUCCUUUUUUAAACUAUGACUUACUAUUACUACAUACAUCGAUUCCAUGCUAUGAUGUUUCAUUUUCAAGUUAUUUGGUGAAAGGUGUUUUUCUCGAGCAUACGUCAUGUAACUAAUGAUUUUUAAAAACGUCUUACAAUAUUGUGUAAAUGUUUUUAGGCGACCCAAAUCAAGAUGUUUAAAUUAGUUUACUGUACUUAAUAAUGAUAUUGCAAGGUUUGUACUUUUUUUUACACAAGUAAUCAUAUUGAAAAUGGCCGUGUGCUAUGUAUAUUUGUUACCUUCUAAUUGCGAUUGGCAGCUAAUUUAUUUCGCUGUUUUUUGGGUAAUCAUCCAGAGUAGAACUAUCUCUCAGAGAUGAUAAUAAUUACGUUUGUAAAAUUUAUAGUGGAACAGCAGUGUUUGAUGAACAAUUAGUAUAACAACAGAGGUCAGUAGAUUCGGUUGUUUGACGUGGUAAUCCCACCGAUAGCUAUUCUAAACAGUUAGUAGAAGGCUUGUGUUAUAAUUUUAUCUUUUU